AUGGCGAAUGGCAUCGCACCGGCAACGGGGGCGGGGCGGAACGGCGGUGUCAAGGAGAACAAGAACAAGAACAAGAGCAACAAAGUUCUCUCUCUUUCUGUGUGUGAUCUCUCUCUUUCUCUCUUCUCUCUCUCUCUUUUCUCUCUCUUGUCUCUUGUCUCUCUCUCUUGCCUCUUCUAUUUACCUGACGAGAACCCCCCUCCCUGCCUGCCUCUCUUCUCGCUCUCUUCUCGCUCUCUCUCCCCCCCUCUCUCUCUCUUUCUCGCUCGCUCGUUUGCUGUUCGUGGUCGUGUCUUGACCGGGAUGAAGCUGCUUGAGGACCUCGAUCUGACGAGAUUAGGCGCCACCAUCUCUGGCGCUCAUGAUGGCGAACGCAUUCGCUGUCGCUUGGAGGUCUACUCUUGCAAAAUGGCAGGAGAUGACAAGAAGCUGUACAAGAUGCUGGCAGCGGAACAAGGCGGCAGCUUGGCCGCGGCAGAGCUUCUUUCCCCCUCACCGCUCAGUCCUCCAGGCUUUUCCAUGACAGCACCUCUUGAGCCGGUUCCGUGCACUCAGAAGAUGCUGUACUACCUCAAGGCCACUCUCAACGCCUCUUAUUCACCCGAAUACGACUUCUCGUGCGUGCCUGCUGUCUGUCUGGCCCAUCCCUUCCUUUUGCUCUGCAUGCUCGGCAUAACCUCAUUGGGUCGUCCUAAACGGCUGCUCCUGCAGCAAUGCGCGGGCCUCCGAGUUUGCCCGUGA